AUUUUUCUAGGUAUCUUGAAAGACCUGGGAAUUACCAAAUCAUCAAAGUUGGUCGAAGUUCAACGACCCGAUCUUGUUGCUUCGUUUCUCGGGCAGACUGCCUCUCAGACGAAAGCGUGUAUCGAGCGGGCAGAGGGCGGCGUACUUUUCGUAGAUGAGGCGUAUCGUCUGAAGGUGGACUCCGAGAAGGAUUACGGAAAAGAAGCACUGGAUACCUUGAUGGAAGCCAUGCUCCGAGGCCAUCCAGUGAUGAUAUUUGCUGGAUACCCAGCUCAGAUGGAAGAGUUCAUGAAAUUGAACCCCGGUUUUAAGCGUAGAAUAAGAGCAAUCUUCAUAUUUGAUGACUUCACGUGCGAAGAACUUGCUGAGAUUUUCAUGCGGAAGCUUCAAACGCGUGGUUUCAAUACCGACAUAACAGUACAGGAA